AUCUGCACUUUUUCUUUUUGAUGCAAGCUAGAAUUACAGUGAGAAAACAUGUGCAGUCAUUGGCUGAGCAGGCCGGCCUGCCCAUGGCAUGAGGGAAUCUUUCUCCAGUGUGCCCCGAUGAGGGGCAUGUAGCAGUGCAAAUCCAAUGGAAAUUGGCCAAAAGUUGUAUAUACAAGAACAAAUAAUCUGCUUUACUUUCCUGCUCGGCUCUGCGUAAUCGUCUUCCACAACAGCCAUUGCUUAAGUUGUACUCGUGAUAAUGUUUACGCGAUCAUUUCCUCAGCGACUCCGUGUCCGUGCGAUCCAGGAAUCCGGUUCCAGGGUUUAAGCGCAGCCCCUCUCUCACAUCUCAGCUCGGCUCGCACAGAGAGAAAAAUCCUCAGCCGCGGGCCGCGCUCUCUCCGGCUGGAACGGGACUCAGCAACCCCGAAGAAGACGCGCAAAGGACUGAAAUAAAUAAAGAGGACUGCUUUUGCUUGUUGAUUUUUCUCGCGUUGUUCUUUUGCUCUUUUUUUUAUUAGUUGCCUUGCGAACUGCUCCGCGCCCCCCCCCCCCCUCUCUAUCUCCUCCAGCAGGACAGACGGACUCUUUCACCGUUCGCGCAUCUCUUCAUCCCUGCGCGGCGGAGCGCAGGACUGAGCGCCGGUCUGCGGGAAUGUGAGCGCUCACGCUGAGAAAAAGGCUCGGAUGAGCGGAGCAUGAGUGCGUUGUGCGCUGAGACGCGCUGCUCCUGUUCGAAGACCUGCUUGUAAUUGCCUCAACUGAUUAAUUAACUUUCCGUCUGAAAACUAUCCGCUCACUCACAAAAGGCUCGGAGGUCAAUGAUGGUUAUCUCUCAGAGUGACUUCACCGGAUCGUUGUGACUACAGUGAUUUCGACCCAGACAUGUGGAAAGCGGAGAGUCCAGUCAGAGCCAGGAUGGGAUGUUCAGAAUGGAAGUCUUUGGUCCUCUGUGGCCUGGUGUUCGUCUUGACGGUUGUACAGAGUUCUGACGGGUUCAGCCGGGCAGCCAUGCCAUUCGGUCUGGUGAGGCGGGAGCUGUCUUGUGAGGGUUACCCCAUCGACCUCCGCUGUCCAGGAAGUGAUGUCAUCAUGAUCGAGAGUGCCAAUUACGGCCGGACAGACGACAAGAUCUGCGAUGCUGACCCCUUUCAAAUGGAGAACAUCAACUGUUAUCUGCCCGAUGCAUUCAAGAUCAUGUCUCAAAGGCAGUGCAUGAAUACGAGCAUCUUCAGCGGCAUACAUAAAGAAUACUUCCCUCCACAAUCUCAACAACCAAACCCAACAGAUCUCAAUGCGCUCACAUCCGAUCUUCUUUUGAGUUUAGAGAGUGUGGUACAUCUGGAGGCUUGUGCUAAGAACAGGAAGUGA